GAGGCCGAGGCCUCGAUGAUCGAUCUCAUCGUUUAUGAACAGUUCAACUCCCACUCCAGCCUCACCUCCCUCUGCUUCGGCUUCUGCUUCUGCUUCUGCGUCAGCAUCAACCUCAUCCAGAGGACAAUGCUUCCACUUUCACUCCUCCCCAUCUCGCUUCCUCUUCAAACUCAAAAGCCUCGCGCUCUUAGUUGCAAAGCCACUCUCAACCUCGUCACCGACCCCGAUUCCUUCCAGGUCGGACGCCUUCUGGGCAGCUAUGGCUUCAUCAACAUCACCAGCUAUUCGGGCCUCCAAUCGAGUUCAACUUCUGGGCAGUUCAAGACCCAGGACGUCGGUGAAGGAAGCGUCAAAAUCAGGCUUUACGAAGGCAGAGUCGUCCAGGGUCCCCUCGCUGGCUCUUCCGUCGUCUUUAAGGUGUAUCCUGGACAACGAGCUGGUGGUACUGAGGCCGAUAUGAUGGCUGCCAACGAGCUCAAUUCUCAUGCCUUCCUUCAGAGCAGUCCAAAGGGCAUCUCUCAGAAUCUAUUGAUGCUGAUAGGUGGCUUUGAGACGACAACUGGGGAACAGUGGCUUGCUUUCCGGAAUGAUGGCAUAUAUAGUGCUGCAGACUAUGCAAAACUCUCCAGUGAAAAAUUAUCAAAGAGCCGAUCUCUGGGAGUAGGCAUGUCAUGGAACUACUUUGAACGAGAGGAGAUGGUCCGUCGCAAAAGAUUCUUCGUCAUUAAGCUUCUCCAAGGUGCUAUGCGCGGUCUUGCUUUCAUGCAUGAGCGUGAAAGGCUACAUCAGAGUCUUGGUCCUUCUUCUGUUGUUCUCAAUACCAUAACAGAGAGGGAUGCUGCUUACUUGGUUCCACGGCUUCGAGACCUAGCAUUUUCUGUUGAUAUCAGGUACCCAUACGUAGAAGAAGGUCGUGGAAUUCUCUCUGAACAACUUUGGAGACGUGCAGCUGCUGCUGGUGCCAUUACUGCAUUUGAGAAAAGAGACUUUGCUAUAGCAGAUGACAUAUAUGAAGCGGGUCUUCUUUUGGCUUACCUGGCUUUUGUUCCAUUUUGUGAAUCAGGCAUAAUUGAUAGCCUCUCUUUGCAAAGGCUACUGGAGAACACUUUCCAACUUGAUAUUGAAGCCACAAGAGAGUAUUGUUUGGCAGAUGACCGCUUAUUAGAAGCCGUGAAGUUUCUCGAUCUAGGUGAUGGAGCUGGUUGGGAGUUGCUUCAGGCUAUGCUCAAUCCCGACUACCGAAAACGACCAAUAGCAGAAGCUGUAGUGAAGCACCGAUUUAUGACUGGUGGUGUUCUAUGAACGCGGAAUCAGUGUAUCAUGACUGGUGCUGCUCCAUGAUUGCGUGCAAAUUGGGGAACCCUAUGUUAUUACAAAACUAUCCCGCCUAGGUGCACUUCCAUCCUUUGGCCCGGCAUGGUGGAGUUCCGGUCUCAAUUGCAGAGUCUGUCUGCUGACCCGACAGAUGGUGCUGUAGCAAAAGGAUGAUUGAGCCAGAAAGGAAGUCGAAAUAGCAGAUCUCGGAAGUCUGAAGAGCAAAAUCUAGUUUAUGAAGGGGAGGAAUGGAAGUCUAAUAAUAUACUUUAUCUCACAAGGAUAUGGAACACUCCGAAGGAUUAUUCCGCAAAAAAUGAGGAAAGAAAUGGCAGCAUUAUGAAGAUGAGAUGGCGAUCCGGCAUCGUUUGUGAUUUUUGAAAACUUUUGAGAGAUCAGAAUUCUCCCAAUGACUCUUUUAUGGAGUAGUAUGCAACUCUCUUGUUUUUUUUUUUCCUCGUCCUCUAUGAAGCCAUGCUAAGUUGAACCAAAGAGGAGAUAAAGCGAGGUGUUUGGUAUUGUUGGAUUCUCUCUCAACUGCUUGCAAACUUUUUUCUGAAUUUUUUGUG